AUAGUUUAACAGUUAUUUAUUUAUUCAUUCAUUUUACAAACAUUUCUAAUGUAUAUUUCAAGUGAUAUAAUUUUUUAAUACAUAAUAAAAAUAUAUAUUGCCAAACAAUAAAAUAUUGGAUAAAAAAAGCAUUCAUUAAAUAAAAUAUAAAUUUAACAGAACUGUUAACUUUUAAACCAUUCAGCAUGCCUCAUACAGGACAGGCAGGUGUAAAUCAACUGGGAGGAGUAUUUGUCAACGGACGACCUCUGCCUGACUGUGUCCGUCGGCGAAUUGUUGAAUUGGCUUUGAUGGGCGUUCGACCAUGUGACAUUUCAAGACAACUUUUAGUCUCGCAUGGUUGUGUUUCAAAAAUAUUAACCCGGUUUUAUGAAACAGGGUCUAUAAGACCAGGAUCUGUUGGAGGAAGUAAAACAAAGCAAGUAGCUACCCCAACAGUUGUUAAAAAAAUUUUACGAUUCAAACAAGAGAACCCGUCAAUGUUCGCAUGGGAAAUUAGGGAUCAAUUAUUAUCUCAGCGAAUAUGCGAUCCUCAAACUAUUCCUUCUGUAUCAUCUGUGAAUCGUAUACUAAGAAAUGGAGGUUUGUGGACUGAUGAUGCUCUAACAAACGUUCCAAAUAAUAACAGUAAUGCCAAUAAUUCAUCAGGCUCACAAAACGGUACAGAUAUUGUUCGUGAUCGUCAAAUAGCACCCAAUCAUAGUUCUAAAACUUUACCAACAUCCCCAAUAUAUGGAGCUAAUGAAUUUUUAGCCUCAUAUCGCUAUUCAUUAGGAUCAAACCAUUUAGCUUCAACUCUUCCUAACUCAACAAUAACUUCAAACUUAUCUGAAAAUUCAACAAAACUUGUACAAUAUGCAUCAUCAGCAGAAUCAUGCAAGGCUUCAUCUGAAUCUUAUAACACAAGUUCAAUUCCAACAAAUGACUCUAAUGAAAUGGUGCAUCCAAGCAUGACUCAAUACUAUAAGCAUUGGAUAUGGAGCAGAAAUCUUUUUUGCCCUCAAUUGGCAAAUUCAAAUUAUUCAUACUCAAAUGGAAAUCAAUUACUUUCUCAUAAUUUGCACAACAAUAACUUUAAUAGUCAUAAUAAUAAUAAUUCUGAGUCCUUAAAUUCAAAUUCGCCUGGACAAAUUACAGAAAUAAAUAGCGACGAUUCUUUAGAAAGUCAAGAAAAUGAUAAGGUAAAAAAGAAGACAUCACGUAAAAGAAAUCCAUAUUCUAUAGAAGAGCUGUUGAAAAAACCAGAGAAGAAAAGGAAGAUUAAUAAUAAGAAAGAAAUUUUCGAAACAGUAACGUCGGAAGAAAUAAGCGAUGAGAUUAAUUUAAAUAUAGAAGUUUGUGACUAAAUUAGCAAAACAAUUAACAUAUAAAUAAAGAUAAAUUUAAAUAUUUCAA